GCCGAGGUUCUGCCGCUAGAUAUGUUUGCGAUGGGCGUAGUACUUUAUCGUUGUCUUAUCGGUCGCCUUCCUAAAAGGAAGCCAAACGGAACGAUCGAUUAUCACGGUGCGAAAACGUCAUGUGUGGUGCCACCGGAUCCGGAGAUGUGGCGCACUGCACAACUCCUGAUGUCGGAACGUUUAAAUAUGCGGCUGACAGCCGGCCAGCUCUUGCACACUGAAUGGAUCGAACAAGCAGCUACCGGCCCGAUAACACAAAUUUUCAAUUGGAACUUGUAA